UAGACUUAAUUAAGACUACUGAAUACCGGUACUGAUUUGUUUGAGUCUAACGAUUCUACUGCAUGUUUGACGAUGAUGGUAUAUAAGUAAAUUGGUUAUCUCAUUAGAGUUUUGCCGUUUGGUGUAGCCUAUAGUCUAGUAGUCUGCCUUGUUUCUGUGUUUACUUUCAUUCCCAACGACAACGCAGUGUCAGAUUGUUCCGCUAUUCUGCCCUGUAUCUGUCUAUUCAGGCUAUCUGCCUCUGAUCGUUAAAGACAAAAGACUGAACAUUACUAAUCCUGCAAUCUCUGAAUCUAAGCAUUUGGUCAUGGAAACUCCAGAUGAUGCAGAACCUUGUGAUUGCAAGCAGACGUCAAUUGCAGCAGUUGUUGUUGGGGAAAUGAUGGAUUUUAGCUCUUCUCAAGAAAUUGAUCAAAAGCCACAUUUGUUAAAACUACCUCAAGAAGUUUUGUUACAUAUUUUUUCCUAUAUUGAAGCUGACUACUUAUUGAACACUGUGUCUGAUGUAUGCCAGUUUCUUAAGAAUUUACUCUCAAAUGAAAAGUAUUGGAGAAUUCGUCUUUUUCAAAGAUUCCCUCAACCAUUUCCAAUAGUUCAGGGAGAUGAUUUGUCAUGGAAAGAAGCUUGUAAAGAGAGAGAACUCUGUGAGAAGACAUGGAAAGGUUUGGAUAUGAACAACAACAUGAUAACUUUGAGCGAAACAAGUGGAUUUGCAACUGACGCAGUUCACUUAAUGAAGAACAGAUCUCUAUGCAUCUGCGGAUCAAGAGAUAGAAGCAUAACAGUUUGGAAAUUGAAUCCAGAACCAGGAUCGAACAUAGGUGCAAAACCUAACGAAUUGCAUUACAAGAAUUUGAUGCAGCAUAACGGCUGGGUAUGGUCAAUCACAUCGCAAGGAAACCAAUUUUGCAGUACAUCAUUUGACUCCACUGUGAAGUUUUGGGAUGUUGAUACACUGAAUAUGAUACAAUCAGUAAACGCACGAACUGCAAUACUUUGUUCAUCUUAUAUCGAUGAUAAUACACUGAUUGCAGGCUGCUACAAUAAAAAGACAAUUGUUGUUGAUACCAGAAGUGAGGUAGUGGUGUAUCAACAUUCAAUGAUUCAUCAUAGGAAGAGGCAGUUUGAAAGUUGAAACAAAU